GAAAGGAAUUUGAGAAUAAGAUAUAUUCUACCUUGAAUAAAAAUUCGAAAUUUAAAGUUAAUUUGACGAGAAGUGUUCAAGGUGAUAGAGGGGUUGACUUGAUUCUGUUUUAUCAAGAUAUGACCGUUUUCAUCCAAUGUAAAAAUUUUGCAUCAAAGGUUGGUAUAAAUCAUGUGAAAGAAUUUGCAACAACAGUUAGAGCAAAUGGGAGUGAUAAAAAAUUAGGUUUAUUGAUAUCAUCCAAUGGUUUUACAAAUCCCUGUUAUGAUCACGAGAAUCAUAAUUUAAUUCUUUUAACUGAGAGUGAUGAUAUAUCGAGAU